CACUGAAACCGACCGUUAAACGCCGAUGAAGUUCUCAUUUUUCCUAAAACCGACAACCAUUCUUAUCCCGUUCCCGGGAACCCGGAGCUUCCGAUCCGCGGCGGCGUUGGAAGCCAUAGCCAAAGCUUCGCAAGACAAAGUCCCCAUUUUUGCUCUCUACAACUAUCCUUCCUUCUCCGGAGCUUUCUCGGCUCUCUUCGCUCACCUCUUCCACUCCCGCCUCAACCUCCCUUGCCUCAUUCUCCCUUUCUCUUCCGUCCACCCUCUCAGGGUUGAGGAUUUGUGCGUCGAAGGCCUCGAGAAACUGUAUCUUCUCGAUUUCCUUGGCCCGAAGGGAUUUGCAGAGGAGCUCUCGCAGCGAGCUUCAUGCAAAGUGAUAGGGUUCGAUCAUCGAAAAUCGGUGCUCCGGAAUGUACCUUUUGUGGAAGAUUGUCGUGAAAACCUUACUUUUAAUGUGAAUGUUGAGAAGAGUAGCUCUGUUGCUGUGUAUGAAUACCUCUCUGCUAAAAUUGUGGAGACGAAACGGUCUGAUGGGAUGGUUGUAAGUCUAUUAAAACCAGAGGAGCGAGAUCGUGUGGAACUGCUUCUUAAGUACAUUGAAGAUGUAGAUUUACGGCGACAAAGCUUGCCGGACAUUUGGGCGUUUGCGAUUGGAAUUGACGAAUGGCGCUUGAAGCUAAAUUGCUUAACCAAUCCGUACAUGUUUGAACAGUUACUGGAGAUUAGUGCUGCUGACUUAAUCGCUAAGGGAAAUUCUUAUAUUUCUCGUCGUGAAAAAGCUACAAAGAAGCUGCUGGAUAAAGCUUUUAAAGUUAGGUUGGGCAGAGGAUUUUAUGGGGAGUGUCUGGGAGUGAGAGUAGAUGGAAAUUCUGAUUUAGUUGAUGAAAUUGGCAAGCAACUUAGUGUAAGAAGUGCAGCCACUGGUCUCAGGCCUAUAGGAGCUGUUAUAUACAUGCAACGGAAUAAUCUUAAAAUGUGCUUGAGGAGUAUUGAUAGUAGCACGGAUACCUCUGAAGUUGCAAAAGCAUACGGUGGUGGUGGCUCUUCAAGUUCAAGCUCUUUUAUCAUUAGGAUGGAUGAGUAUAACCAGUGGCUUUCGACAAAUAAUCAGGAUCAGCUUAAGGUUACAUGACGGCCUUAAUGAUUAGGAGCUGCAUAUGGUGGGUGUUCCUUGCUGAUUGUUGUAGUCUAGACAAUGAGAUUGGGAGGAAGGAUUGAGUGAAAGUAAUCCAGAUAGCUUGAGCUUAUACGGCUUUGUCGCUCCAAAUCACAAGUUCUCGAUUAGAAGGACAUAAAGCUCUAGAGAUCUUCUUAAAUGACAUUUGACGAGGAGAUUUAUGUCAACCUCUACUAUGGGCUUAAAGGCAACUAUGAAGUGUUCGGCGAUAGGGAGCUUCGGUGCUCAUUUUAUUCCAUGGUGCAGUGUAUAGGCUUGUUAGUUUUGAACUCUUUCUGGCAUGAUAUUAUUUUCUGUUAGGGGAAAUUUGGAAUGAUUGAGCACAUUCUUGAGUUGGUCCAUCAGUUGGAGUGACUGAGUCUGGUUGGAUGGAGUACUUUCAACAUCAGAACUACUCUAUUUAGAUGGCUGACUCUGUGUCUUUGUUUGGUAGAAUGUACUGUUGUCGUGGAGUGCAAGCUGUGUUUUUCCUUGUGUUUGUGAUAGCCUUUUUUCUUGUAUGUUUCUUGUGCUUUGGUUUGCCCCUUCCGCAUUUCUGUAUGCAUUUGUCUAUCAAAAGUG